AUGUCGUCUCGAAUCUCCAUGCAGAAAGCGGAUACAGACCUCCAAGAGUUCACGCAACCCAGUGACUUCGAACGCGGAAGCACUGAAGAUGCAGACUGGCGCAAAAGGGAGAAGGCGCUCGUCCGCAAGCUGGACUGCUUCAUCGCCCCUGUCAUGAUGCUCCUCAUGCUCAUCAGCUAUCUCGACCGUGGCAACAUUGGUUUCGCCGCAACACAGGGCAUGACGAAGGAUAUCAACCUGAAGGGAUCUGAGCUGAAUACUGCCAUCUCAGUCUUCUACAUCUUCUAUAUCCUUGCCGAGUUUCCCACGUCAAUCCUGGUCAAGCGCCUGCAGUUCAACCGCGUGAUCCCAACAAUCACCUUCUGCUGGGGUAUCGUCUGCCUCUGCACUGGUUUCGUUCAUUCUUUUGGCCCUCUUGUCGUCUGCCGAGUCUUGCUUGGCUUUUUCGAAGGAUGUCUCUUUCCUUCUAUGACACUCUUCCUCUGCAACUGGUACAAGCGCGAAGAGCUUGCAGUCCGGGUUGCCUUUCUCUUUGUCGCGUCUGCCCUUUCUGGAGCUUUUGGUGGGCUCUUGGCUUGGGCCAUGCUCAAGAUGGAUGGAGUAUCUAAUAUGGCUGGAUGGCGGUGGCUUUACAUAAUUGAGGGCAUUAUCACAGUAGCCUGGGCUGGAUGUUGCAUUUUCGUGGUUCCCAAGAACUAUGAGACGGCCUACUUCCUCAAUGCGUCAGACAAGGCCAUCAUGAGACGUCGAGCCGAGGAGAUGGAGGCCUACAGCGGCGGCUCCGGCCAUUACAGCAAGAAGGAGAUCAAAGAAGCCGCCAAGGAUAUCAAGAGCUGGGCACAUGGUGUGAUACAAAUCGCAGUGGUAACUAUCCUCUACGGUUUUGGCACGUUCCUGCCAAUCAUCAUUAAGGAUGGGUUCCACUACUCUACCGUCCAAGCGCAGUAUCUGGUCAUUCCCGUCAACCUCUGGGGUGCUAUCGUCUACGCUGUAGGAGCCGUCUUGUCUGACAAGUACUGCAAGCGCUUCCUGCCUCUGAUCAUCUGCGCCCCGUUUGGCAUCGCCGGUUACGCUAUCUUGCUCUGUGACGUGGCACCUGGCGUGCGCUACUUUGCCACGUAUCUCAUCGCCACUGCUUGUUUCCUUUGCACGGGCGGUAACAUUGCCUGGCUCUCCUGCAACUGUGCGCCGGAUGGCAAGCGUGCCGCCAGCUUGGGAAUUCUCCUGACCUUGACAAACAUCGGAGGGAUUGUUUCUGGUCAAAUCUACCAGAGCAAUGCAGCUCCUGCCUACACCCUGGGCCAUGCUUGGUCCCUCGGCUGUCUGGCCUUUGCAUGGCUGGGGUGGUGGAUUGUGCGACUGAUCUACGUCCGUCGGCAAGCUGCAAAGGAACAGGCACUGGCUGAAGGGGUUGUGGUGCCCGCAGAGGAGUACACUGACCGAGCACCAGACUUCAAAUACCAGAUCUAG